AUGGAGACCCCACUGCCCCGCGGGUGGAAACCCCUCCACCUUGACCGCUACGACGGCACCACGGACCCCGACAAGCACAUCGACUCGUACACAACUCAGGUAAACCUCUACACGAACAGUGACGCUAUAUUGUGUAGGGUUUUUCCGACCUCGCUCAAGGGACCCGCGCUCCAUUGGUACACCCAACUACCAGCCGAAUCCAUCGACAACUUUGGCACCCUGGUGCGGCGAUUCAUGGCACAAUACGCCACCAGUCAACCUCACCACACAACCUUGGCCGCCUUGGCCAAUCUCAGGCAGAACAACGAUGAACCUCUGCGAGCUUUCAUGGAGCGCUUCUCCAACAUCUCAGUUCGAAUCCAAAAUCUCAACCCGGAGGUCGCCCUGCACGCCAUGCUCAUGGCACUGAAACUCGGAUCAUUCAUCGACAGUCUAUGUCGCGAUGCCCCCCGCGACAUGGACGAACUGCUUGCCCGCGCCGCCGGCUACAUUAAGAUGGAAGAGCACUCGGCCUUCCGCGACCAAGUUCACGGGAAAGGCCCCGCGAAACCGGAACAGGGUCACAAAGAUAAGGUAAAAGUCAAUAAUGACAGCCAAUUCAAGAAGUCGGCCAGGGCAAACAGAGGCGGGAGGAACUAUGGCCACACCACGGACGAGUGUCGCACGCUCCGGGAUCGCAUCGAAGAACUCAUCCAGGCAGGCCACCUCGGCCAGUACGUCCAGCGACAGCAAGGUUCCCGAGGAGGCUCUAGAGGCUGGGGACGCGGGAGAGGCCGCGGGUCAGGAACUCGCACAGACUUACCCGCAGGGUCCCAGCAAAAUGCCAAUGGCGCAGUACAUGCUGAAAUAGGUCAGGAGACAGAAUCAGCCCCCUUGCGGGGAAUAAUCAACACAAUCGCAGGCGGCUUCGCUGGAGGAGGCGCCAGCAGCUCGGCCCGGAAAAGACACCUUCGAAGUAUCAACUGCGCCCACUCCACCGCCUCGCUCUCGCACAAGAGCUCGCCACCGAUCUCUUUUUAA